GCUAUAUCGAAAUGACAAAGUGGGUGCGUGCAUUGGGGGUGGGAGAGAUAAUCUUGGAUAGUGGGGAUGAUAUCUAGAAGCGGUAUCCUUCAAGAUUAUCAUUCGCUUCCCAGCAUUCACCUGUAAAGGAGCGUUCGCAUCUGCAACUGAAGUCAUCACUGCUGAAUUAUCAUCGUGCUGAAUUUCGCUCUUAAUCGCCAAUACUUUAAAAAAUGAAUCACCCUUGGAUGCUACUUUUUUUCGCAGUGUGUGCAUUGUGGAGCUUCGGUGAGACCGUUCCUUGCGAUCAGUGCGGACGGGAGUGUGCCGACAUAUGCGGCACUCGGCAAUUUCGCGCUUGUUGCUUUAACAAUAUGCGGAAGAGACAUUCCGACUUCUUUGGCCUGAAAUUUUGGAUGAGACCACGGAGAUAUGCGCUUCAUUUUUAUCCUGACUACGACGCUUAAUUACAGCGCUAUACACAUCCAACACAAUUAUGGAGAAUCCCACGAUAUAAAGCUAGUUACUGUGCUCAAUGUUAUAUUUACUACCCACGCGCAUCGUUCAAUUAAAGUCGCAUAAUGUGGCCUAUAUUUUUCCCGCAACUUUUCUCCCUUCUCUUCCCUUCGAUAACACGCUUGUUGAUGCCAAUAAUUAAAAUUAAAGAUAUUAUCCAGCAGCA